AUGAACCCUUUUGUUCCUAAAAGCGGAAAAGACAACUCCUUCCAAAGUGCCCAGUUCACUCUUGAAAGAGCUGUCAGGAACAUUGGCAAGUAUAAAGAAACAAUGGCUUCUGAGGCGUCUCCCCCUACGAAGAAAUCUGCGUCUCUUCAACUCACUUCCGAUUUGUGGAAUGUUUACGAUCAGUUGCAAGUUUUCAAGAAUACUGAUACACUAUGUUUUGCGUUACGAGAAGGAUUCUAUUAUGCUUUAGCAGAUAUAGAGCUAGUAGACGACUGCCAUGAUUUGUUUGAUGUCCGAAAACAAAUUUUUGAUUGGAUGUUUGAUUCUGUCCUGCAAUGCCACUCUCAGAGUGUUGUACUAGAGAAAGAUGUCCGUUGGCAGUUAGCUAAUACUUUGGAACACUACUUGAAACACUUCACCAAAUACAGAUAUAUGCAUAAAACCCUAGUCGACUACAUGAAAGAGUUGAUUCAUACAACUUUAGACCUCUAUAGCAAGUAUAUUCUGGUGCUAGAAAUUUGGUUUCAACAACAGGUCCCUGAUAAACGAAGGCUUAAAUUUUUCAUACUUGAUAUCAUCAGCAACCUUUACUUCAUUGAAAGAGAUAGGGAGCAAUUAGAGAAUAUUAUGCUUAUUAUCACUCUCUCCAAAAAAUGCAAAGUGUUCUAUGACUGGAUGGUGCAAAAUUCGUUGUUAGACUAUAGUUUUAUGAGCAACUUGUUGGUGCGCUAUAAUGAAAACCUACAAGCUAUGGAAUCAUUUACUAACCCCAGCAUCACAGGCCCUCCCACAAUAGAUAAUUUUGGAUAUGUCGAAUUGUUGCUGGAUUUUUCUGAUGUUCUAUUAAAGGUGGAUAAGAACUGGGGAUUACAGCUCUUUGGCUCUUUUGAGUUGCACGUCAUGAAUAAUGUCUUAAGCACUACUAGUGUAUUCAACACCCAACUAAUACUUCAUACACUCAAUAUGCUUUCAUACAAGAAAGCUUUCUUUUACCUUUCUACUCUUUUCACAAAUAAUCUUCUUAUUCAAGUCCUAAAAGAGGUUACUUUAGAAGAUUUGGAUCUAUUGUUCACUUUGUUGGACAACAUCCUUGAAGAAAACACGCCGCUCGUCAAAGCAAUAUUCCUUCUGGAAUCAAGUGAGCAAACUGAGUCAAUUGAUGGACCUUUAAACUUAUACCAGCUUAGGAUUGAAGGUAUGAGAAUUAUUCAAGACAGUCACUUGUCUUAUGGGGAAAUAACCUCCAGACAUUACAAAAUCCAUGCCAAAUACAACAGUCCCAACUUGGGUCUUCAUUUCAACGAAAAGAGCUACUUCAGCAGAAUUAAACGAAAAAUUGAAUAG